UGAGUAUUUUUAAAUGCAAAAGCAAGCACUGAAAUUUGAAUUAAUUCGUAUACGGAUUUAAAUUGAGUACAACAGCUAGACCGUAUUAAAUCUAAGUGUAAACGAAUUAUUGAUAUAUUUUAAUAAGACUUCUUUGUAUUAUGACUGUUAACAAUACCAUUGCUCACCAACGUCUUAUUUUAAGCGGAGAUCGUGAAAGGUUCAAAGAAUUACUAAGAAAACGACUUAUAGAAUGUGGAUGGAGGGAUCAAGUGAGAAUGUUAUGCAGAGAAGUCGUCAAAGAAAAUGAGAACAUUAAUAUGACGUUUGACUCACUAGUUACAAGAGUUACACCGAGAGCUAGGGCAUUAGUCCCAGACACUGUCAAGAAAGAACUUCUGCAAAAAAUUAAGACACAUUUACUAACACAGAAUGAUCAAUAGUAAAAACAGAUAAGAAUCAUGCCACCUUGAUAGUAGGUUCAACCCUCCGUGCCAGAGAUACAUACAUUUUUAAUGUUGACUAACAGACCCUUCAGCUAAGGAUUUCUGGGUACAGGAGGCUUUAAGUACAGAAUGUAUACAAUUUUUCAUGUACCUUCAACAUAGUACAUUCACACUAGACAUUUACCAGUAUGAGGCUCCUUUGCACUGGAGGUUGGCUAGAUUUUGGGUACCACAACAGCGGCUAUUUCUUCCGUAAAGCAGUAAUGUGUACACAUUACUGUGUUUUGGUCUGAAGGGUGCCGUAGCUAGUGACAUUACCGGGUAAAUGAGACUUGACAUCUUAUGUCUCAAGGUAACAAGUGCAGUAUGAGUACCAACUCAGAAUUUUUGUGAUUUUCAAUAAUCCUGAUAGAAACUGUAUUGCAAUGGGCAGGGUGUAUCAAUUACCAUCAGCUGAACAUCCUGCUCGUCUCUUCUUUAUUUUCAUUUAAAAAAAAAUAUGUGCUCAACUAUCAAGUCACCAGUUUUCUGGGUUGUUGUGGAAAAACUUCGUGUAUAUCAUUGUACCUAGCUUCAAAAUAUAAAAUAUAUAAGAAAAAUUAGUUUAUGAAAGAUCAUGAGACCCUUCACUUGCCAUCAUAAUUUCUCUAGGUGGCAUGUUUCUGAUUACACCAAACCCAAAUUGUAAACCAAGAUACUUUAUAUUUAAGAAAUAAAACUACUAAUUUAGCAACCAA